CCCAGGCCUGAUGAGCAGGUCUCGCGCCUCCAUCCAUCGGGGGAGCAUCCCCGCGAUGUCCUAUGCCCCCUUCAGAGAUGUACGGGGACCCCCUAUGCACCGAACCCAAUACGUUCAUUCCCCAUAUGAUCGUCCUGGUUGGAACCCUCGGUUCUGCAUCAUCUCGGGGAACCAGCUUCUCAUGCUGGAUGAGGACGAGAUACACCCCCUUCUGAUCCGGGACCGGAGGAGCGAGUCCAGUCGCAACAAACUGCUGAGACGCACAGUCUCCGUGCCGGUGGAGGGGCGGCCCCACGGCGAGCAUGAAUACCACUUGGGUCGCUCGAGGAGGAAGAGCGUCCCAGGGGGGAAGCAGUACAGCAUGGAGGCCGCCCCCGCUGCACCCUUUCGGCCCUCGCAAGGCUUCCUGAGCCGGAGGCUAAAAAGCUCCAUCAAACGUACGAAGUCACAACCCAAACUUGACCGGACCAGCAGCUUUCGCCAGAUACUGCCUCGCUUCCGAAGUGCUGACCAUGACCGGGCCCGGCUGAUGCAGAGCUUUAAGGAGUCACACUCUCACGAGUCCUUGCUGAGUCCUAGCAGUGCGGCCGAGGCCUUGGAGCUCAACCUGGAUGAAGAUUCCAUUAUCAAGCCAGUGCACAGCUCCAUCCUGGGCCAGGAGUUCUGUUUUGAGGUAACAACAUCAUCAGGAACAAAAUGUUUUGCCUGUCGUUCUGCGGCCGAAAGGGACAAAUGGAUCGAGAAUCUACAGCGGGCGGUAAAACCCAACAAGGACAACAGCCGCCGGGUGGACAACGUGUUGAAGCUGUGGAUCAUAGAGGCGCGGGAACUGCCCCCCAAGAAGCGGUACUAUUGCGAGCUCUGCCUGGAUGAUAUGCUGUAUGCACGCACCACCUCCAAGCCCCGCUCGGCCUCGGGGGACACCGUCUUCUGGGGCGAGCACUUCGAAUUCAACAACCUGCCAGCCGUCCGGGCCCUGCGGCUGCACCUGUACCGUGACUCAGACAAAAAGCGCAAGAAGGACAAGGCAGGCUAUGUCGGCCUGGUGACUGUGCCUGUGGCCACCCUGGCUGGGCGCCACUUCACAGAGCAGUGGUACCCCGUGACCCUGCCGACAGGCAGUGGGGGCUCCGGGGGCAUGGGGGGCUCGGGAGGGGGAGGGGGCUCAGGGGGUGGCUCAGGGGGCAAGGGCAAAGGAGGUUGCCCGGCUGUGCGGCUGAAAGCGCGUUACCAGACAAUGAGCAUCCUGCCCAUGGAGCUAUAUAAAGAGUUUGCAGAGUAUGUCACCAACCAUUAUCGGAUGCUGUGUGCGGUGUUGGAGCCCGCCCUGAAUGUCAAGGGCAAGGAGGAGGUCGCCAGCGCGCUGGUUCACAUCCUGCAGAGUACGGGCAAGGCCAAGGACUUCCUUUCAGACAUGGCCAUGUCCGAGGUGGACCGGUUCAUGGAACGGGAGCACCUCAUAUUCCGCGAGAACACUCUCGCCACUAAAGCCAUAGAAGAGUACAUGAGACUGAUUGGUCAGAAAUACCUCAAGGAUGCCAUCGGGGAAUUCAUCCGUGCUCUGUAUGAAUCUGAGGAGAACUGUGAGGUGGACCCCAUCAAGUGCACGGCGUCCAGUCUGGCAGAGCACCAGGCCAACCUGCGGAUGUGCUGUGAGUUGGCCCUGUGCAAGGUGGUCAACUCCCAUUGCGUGUUCCCGAGGGAGCUGAAGGAGGUGUUUGCGUCUUGGCGGCUGCGCUGCGCAGAGAGGGGCCGGGAGGACAUCGCAGACCGGCUGAUCAGCGCCUCGCUCUUCCUGCGCUUCCUCUGCCCGGCCAUCAUGUCACCCAGUCUCUUUGGGCUCAUGCAGGAGUACCCAGAUGAGCAGACCUCGCGAACCCUCACCCUCAUCGCCAAGGUCAUCCAGAACCUGGCCAACUUUUCCAAGUUUACCUCAAAGGAGGACUUUCUGGGCUUCAUGAAUGAGUUUCUGGAGCUGGAGUGGGGUUCCAUGCAGCAGUUCCUGUACGAGAUCUCCAACCUGGACACACUGACCAAUAGCAGUAGCUUUGAGGGUUACAUCGACCUGGGCCGAGAGCUCUCCACGCUGCAUGCCCUGCUCUGGGAGGUGCUGCCCCAGCUCAGCAAGGAAGCCCUCCUGAAGCUGGGCCCACUGCCCCGGCUCCUCAACGACAUCAGCACAGCUCUGAGGAACCCCAACAUCCAACGGCAGCCGAGCCGUCAGAGCGAGCGGCCCCGGCCUCAGCCUGUGGUGCUGCGGGGCCCUUCGGCCGAGAUGCAGGGCUACGUGAUGCGGGACCUCAACAGCUCCAUCGACCUUCAGUCCUUCAUGGCUCGAGGCCUCAACAGCUCUAUGGACAUGGCUCGCCUCCCCUCCCCAACCAAGGAAAAGCCCCCCCCACCGCCGCCUGGUGGGGGGAAAGACCUGUUCUAUGUCAGCCGCCCACCCCUGGCCCGGUCCUCACCCGCGUACUGCACGAGCAGCUCGGACAUCACAGAACCGGAGCAGAAGAUGCUGAGUGUCAACAAGAGCGUCUCCAUGCUGGACCUGCAGGGUGAUGGGCCCGGUGGCCGCCUCAACAGCAGCAGUGUGUCCAACCUGGCAGCCGUCGGGGACCUGCUGCACUCGAGCCAGGCCUCCCUGACUGCGGCCUUGGGGCUGCGGCCCGCGCCUGCAGGCCGCCUCUCCCAGGGGAGCGGCUCAUCCAUCACGGCGGCCGGCAUGCGUCUCAGCCAGAUGGGCGUCACCACGGACGGUGUCCCUGCCCAGCAACUGCGCAUACCCCUCUCCUUCCAGAAUCCUCUCUUCCACAUGGCUGCUGAUGGGCCAGGCCCCCCAGGGGGCCAUGGAGGGGGCGGAGGCCACGGUCCACCCUCCUCCCAUCACCACCAUCACCACCAUCACCACCACCGAGGUGGAGAGCCCCCAGGGGACACCUUCGCCCCAUUCCAUGGCUAUAGCAAGAGCGAGGACCUCUCCUCAGGGGUCCCCAAGCCCCCCGCUGCUUCCAUCCUCCACAGCCACAGCUACAGUGAUGAGUUUGGACCCUCUGGCACUGACUUCACCCGUCGGCAGCUCUCACUCCAGGACAACCUGCAGCACAUGCUGUCUCCUCCCCAGAUCACCAUUGGUCCCCAGAGGCCCGCUCCCCCAGGGCCUGGAGGUGGGAGCGGCAGUGGGGGCAGCGGCGGGGGUGGCGGGGGCCAGCCGCCUCCGUUGCAGAGAGGCAAGUCUCAGCAGUUGACAGUCAGCGCUGCCCAGAAACCCCGGCCGUCCAGCGGGAACCUGUUGCAGUCACCGGAGCCAAGUUAUGGCCCUGCCCGUCCGCGGCAACAGAGCCUCAGCAAAGAGGGCAGCAUUGGGGGCAGCGGGGGCAGCGGCGGCGGAGGGGGUGGGGGGCUCAAGCCCUCCAUCACCAAGCAGCAUUCUCAGACGCCAUCCACGCUGAACCCCACGAUGCCAGCCUCCGAGCGGACGGUGGCCUGGGUCUCCAACAUGCCUCAUCUGUCAGCUGACAUCGAGAGCGCCCACAUCGAGCGGGAAGAGUACAAGCUCAAGGAAUACUCGAAGUCCAUGGACGAGAGCCGGCUGGAUAGGGUGAAGGAGUAUGAGGAGGAGAUCCACUCGCUGAAGGAGCGGCUGCACAUGUCCAACCGGAAGCUGGAAGAGUAUGAGCGGAGGCUGCUGUCCCAGGAAGAACAGACCAGCAAAAUCCUGAUGCAGUAUCAGGCCCGGCUGGAACAGAGCGAGAAGAGGCUAAGGCAGCAGCAGGCAGAGAAGGACUCACAGAUCAAGAGCAUCAUUGGCAGGCUGAUGCUGGUGGAGGAGGAGCUGCGCCGGGAGCACCCCGCCAUGGCUGAGCCGCUGCCCGAACCCAAGAAGAGGCUGCUCGACGCUCAGGAGAGGCAGCUUCCCCCCUUGGGUCCAACAAACCCGCGUGUGACGCUGGCCCCACCUUGGAACGGCCUGGCCCCCCCAGCCCCACCUCCCCCACCCCGGCUGCAGAUCACCGAGAACGGCGAGUUCCGAAACACCGCAGACCACUAGCCCACCCUGCAUCACAGACCUCCUUCUCCCUCCCUGUGCACCCCACCUUGGAACGGCACCAACCACCAGGACUGGACGUCGCCGAGGGACAGCGGGAUUGCCUCCCUGAAUGCCUCCCUUGGGGGGCACCAGUCCCCCACCCCCACUGCACCAUUUCCAGGAGGGAGAGCAGGGACCCUCAGUUGCUCCCUUUUCCUUCCUGUUGGGGUGCUUCCCCCUGUGACCCCCAGGAACCCUUGCCCGAGGACACCACCUACCCCACACAGACCCCUUCACUCCGGGGUGCUAUCCCCAUCCUCUGCCUCAUCGUUCCCCUGAGCACUGGGGGACAGACCCUCACCCCACCGUGGGGGUGCGGCACCUCCAAACUUUCAACUUCAGGGUGAUUUUUUAGCAGUAACCAGAGCUGACAAUCUAACUCCCCUCCACCGCCCCAUUUUGGCCUCCCCUGUCCCCCUUGUUAUGGGGAGGGGACCCCAGGUGAGGGGGCCCUAUUACCCCUUGAUUUCUCAGGAGCGUCUGGGGGGGCUCAGCACGCACAAACUCCUUCUCCUCCUACCACUCUUAAAUUUACUCCCUCCCCACCCAGAACCCAGAUGGGGUGGAGGGGCCACCGGGGCAGGGAGGGGGCGGCAAGGGGGGAAUGGGAGUUGUCUCCCCUUCUUCCCAUACCUGAUCUGCUCUUGGCUGGUCCCAGAGCGGGGUGAGGGGGCUUGUGCCCCCCCCUCCCCCAGUGUGUUGGGUGGGGCGGAAUUGAGGUUUGGGGGAGGGGUUAGGGUUUAGGAGCGGGUGUAUGUUGGGGAGGACAGACUAGUUGAUCUGCCCUACCCUGACACACACAGCCCCGCUGCCCCUCCCCUCUCUUUUCUUGGUCUCUACUCCCAAGGGGAGGGGGGAACUUACUCUAGGAAAAGCCAUGUCUCUCUCCCCCAGGGUGGGGGGACCUGUGUUGGAGGAGGGGUGUUGGGGGCCCCCUUCCAUGACUCUGUCCCCCGGGGGAGGUAGGACAGGGCUGGGCUUCCCUCUCAUCCUCCCCCCCCUCCCCAAUCUCCCUCCACCUUCCUCCCUCCCGCCAGGUCCACAAUUUUUCGGUGUUUCUCUGUACAUAGCUCUCUGGCGGGAUAGGGGAGGUAGGAUGGAUGGGGUUUGGUGUGGGUAGGUCACAGGAGGGGAGAAGCCCCUCCUUGGCACCCCCUCUUCCCUGACUGCUGUCCCCUACCCAGCCUUGCCCCCUCAUCCCUUCUUGCGUUUGGUAUUGAGACUCUUCCCAGACUCCACCCUUCUUUCUUUUGUAUGGACAGUUCCCCUUCAGUCCCAUCCCACUAUACACAUACACCCAGCCGGGGCCAAAUUUAUACUUAUAUAAAAGUUGUAAAUAUGUGAAAUUUUA